AGCACUCUCAGUCGGAUCGUGCGCCUCGCUAAUGAACGUUACCCCAUCGAGAACGAGAUUCGAGAACGCUCCUGAGCGAUGCAUUAGAUCAUAGUUGGUGACACCAGUCGACGUCCGAGAGCGGGAUCGCGAUACAGCCGCCGUGCGAGUGAGUGGGUGGCGAGAUAGUGGGGCGGGCAGGAACUGGAAGUGGAACCCCAACUCCCCACCGAACAGAAAAACAAAUCAGUGGUUCCGAUUCGCAGACGGGCUGUGUGCAUGUGAUUCAGAGCAAACAAACGUACGAAAUGCAAAACAUGUGGAUCAUUUUCCUCAUCAUCGGAUUGCUGGUGCUCGGGCUGCUGGUUCUGCUAAUUAUUGCGGCGCGGUAUCAGCGAGACUAUUGGCGCUAUCUGGACAUUCCGCACGAGAGACCCAAAAAGCUGUGGCCUAUCAUUAGGCAAAUAAUGACGCAGACAUUGAGUACGGAGGCUAUGAAGGCGGAGCAUUACUCGGCCAUAUACAAGAAGUUCAAGGGAAGCGGUCCCUUCUGCGGCUUCUACGCUCUGCUGCAGCCGCGAGCCUUGAUCCUCGAUCGGGAGCUGAUCAGGCAGAUAAUGAUCAAGGACUUUUGGAACUUCAAUGAUCGCGGCCUGUACUGCAAUCAGAAGUCGGAUCCCUUGUCGGGCGAUCUGUACGCCUUGCGGGGCGAGAGCUGGAAGGAGAUGCGCCAGAAACUGGAUCCCAGCCUCGAGGGCGAUCGCAUGUCCUUGCUGUACGACUGCCUCUACGAGGAGGCGGAACAGCUCCUCCUGACCGUCAGCAGCACCCUGAUAAGCCAGCCCCAUGCCACCGUUCACAUACAGAAGAUCAUGCGGCGCUAUGUGCUGUCUUCCCUGGCCAAGUGCGUUUUUGGCUUGAAUGCCGAACAGCGGAUAACGUAUCCCCUGGAGGACUUCGAGCAGAUGACCGAGCUGGCCCUGAAUAGCCACAAACACGGCUACCUCAUGAACCUGAUGAUGAUACGGUUCCCCAACUUCUGUCGCAUGCUGCGCAUGCGUCGCACGCCCAAGCAGGCGGAGGAGUACUUUAUAAAGCUACUUACGAGCAUUGUGGAGCAGCGAGAGGCGUCCGGAAAGCGUCAUAAGGACUAUUUGCAGCUGCUGAUCGACGUGAAGGCAUUGGAGUUCAUCACCCACCAGUAUGAAUCGGAUAAGGAACUAGCUGCCCAUCUGCAGAAUGAGUUGGCCGCCCAUUCAGUUGUCUUUCUGAAGGCGGGCUACGAGCAAACGGCCAACACUCUGUCAUAUGUACUCUACGAACUCGCAAUGCAUCCAGAACUGCAGGUGCGCGUGAGGGAGGAGGUCAAGAGGGCCAUCGAGCGGCAUGGGGGUCACAUAACCCACGAGUGCAUUAUGUCGCUGGCUUUCAUGGGCCAGGUGAUCAACGAAACACUACGCAUGCAUCCCAUAACACCGUACAUCCUACGUCGCACCUUGAACGACUAUGCCGUUCCGGACCAUCCCAAGUACAUACUGGUCAAGGAGCUGUUCCUCAUCAUUCCCACGCAUGCCAUCCAUCACGAUCCGGAUAUCUAUCCGGAUCCGGAGGAGUUCAAGCCGGAUCGCUGGAGCGGACCGCGGGAUUCGCUGCAGCAGCAGGGCACCUGGUUCGGAUUCGGCGUGGGUGCACGCAGCUGCAUUGGAGUACAAUUCGCCCAGCUGCAACUGCGCCUGGCCUUGGCUCUGCUCCUUUCCGAGUAUGAAUUCUCCUUGAAUACCAGGAAGCCACUGAUCAACCUGGAGGACGGUAUAGCACUAGCCCUGAUGCCAUUGGGAGUUAUAGAACCCGGAAACGAGGAGAGGGCGGUAUAAGUUCGCAGCUUGAGAGUGCAAGAUCACUGACAUUGGCUUAUCUCAGGGAUAGAAAAGAUUGGUUAAGUAAAGCCAAAGGUUUGCAUUAAAUGCAUAAACCUACAACUGUUAAACAUUAAAAUGAGCUCUAAAAUGUUAAUUAACCUUCUGCAUUUGAUGUGGCAUCUUUGGCAAUAUUUUAAUUUAAUUUUCAUGUUUCCGCUUUGUGCUUUAUAAGGAAAAAGUAAUUAAAGCAACUCAUUGUGGAAACAAAGAGAUUUAGCUUGUGUCAGUAUCUAAACCUCAAUCUUUUGCCCAAUGACGCAGAAUUUACUCUAUGAACAAAGUCUAGAAAGCAAUAUAAAACUCAGCAUAGUAACUAACCAAAACAAUAUUAAACUAAAGGUCAGGAAGCCCAAUGGCGGAGUCAGCAUAGAAUACUUAAUCUUAAACACCUGCUUUUAUUUAAGAAUUUAUUUAUUUGAGAAAACAUUUUCUUUUAAAUUAGCUUGUUUAAUUUCUAUUAAAUACACCAGGUUCUCCUAGAGAUGAACCCUUUGAUUUGUUAAAA